GUGUGUGUGUGUGAGUGUGUGUGUGUGUGUGUGUGUGUGUGUGUGUGUGUGAGUGAAAGUGAGUGUGUGUGAGAAUGUGUGUCUGUAUGUGUGUCAUUCGGUGCCAAUGUAUGAACAGGAAGUGACCCGUGCAGCCAGCAGCCAGAACCAGCCCUCAGACACAGACCUGCACCACUGCUACACACACUGCUACCUGAAGGUCUUUAAGCUUCAGGCUGGUCUGACUGUAAUCGACUCAGAGGGGGUGUUUCAGACGCUCAUUCCCAUAAUUCCUUCUUUCAGUACUGCUCUCUAUGGGAAGCAGCUCCGUUUGCCUGCAUACUGGGGGAGGAAGCCUUCAGUCCCGGUGUGUGUGUGUGUGUUCGAGCUCCUGCAGAUGUGUGUGCAGGCGACGCGAGCGCAGGUGCUGCUGCUGCAGUGCAUGUAUCGCAGCUGGACACACAGUGUGGGAGGCGGAGCCUGCAGCAGCAUCAGCGACAGCCUCAUAAGCCACUCCUACAAAACUCCAGGUGUGUGUGAGGGGCAGAAGGAUCAGCUGGUUCCUCUGGUUCAGGGUCCGUCUGACACCACAGAUCUUCACACGAGCCGCUGGUUGAGCGGGAGCCGUAAGCCGGCGUCUCUCCUGUCUCCUGAUCUCCUGCAGAUCUCACUGCAACUCCCUCAGCAGGAGCAUGUGCACAGCCCGGGUGAGACGUCUCAGAUCACUCAGCUCCGCUCAAACAUAGGCAACAUGCGUGUCAGUGUCUCGAAGAGCUUUAAACCCAUGCAUGUCUUUAAACCGCCAGUUUCCAUGGUGAUGAAGAAGAGGAGGGAGGAUGAAGCAUCUGUUGGCAGCACACCACCAACCAAACAACCCAGUAAUCAGGCGUAA